AUGUCAAUACAUCAAGAUCAAGUGGAUCUGGACAAAUCACAUCCAACAAUGAUCUCUGUUAAGGAUUUCGCAUAUGAGGAAGAUGAGGAUUUACAUUAUGGGGUGAUAAAUUAUUCCCAAUAUUUAACUGAUGAAGAUAUAAACUAUGAUGAAAAUAAUGAACAUAAUGAACAUGAUGAAAAUGAUAUAAGGAAUUCUAUAAUAAACAUACCCAUGAAUUAUUAUUUUGAAGAUGGUCCACCAUGGAAAGAGGAUCCAGAUUUGAAAACUCCAAUGAUUAAAGAUGAUUCUAAAAAUCAGUUUGAAUUUUCAAUUGCAUCAAGUGAUGAAAUUCAUGGUAAGGCCAUUGCAUUAUUUGAUUUCAUACCUGAGAAUGAUAAUGAGGUUGGGUUAAAAGAAGGUCAAAUAAUAUGGAUAAGUUAUAGACAUGGUCAAGGUUGGUUAGUUGCAGAAGAUUCUAAAACUGGGGAAACUGGAUUAGUACCUGAAGAAUAUGUUCAAUUGGUUAAUAAUGAUAUAGAGGAUUAUAUUGAAGAUGAACCAAGAAGGUUCUUGCCAGAUAUUAUAAAUGAUCAUGAUCAUGGAGUGAAUCAUGAUGAAGAGGAGGAUAGUGAUUGGGUAGAUGAAGAUGAUGAAGAAUUACCAAAUGUUGAAAAAUUGGACAUUAAAUGA